UUGCCACUUCCUGUUUAGGGAAAGCCGGGGGACGGCUGCUUUUUUGAGUAGGGCUUACGGGCUCAUUGGCAGCGCUGUCCUGUCCUCGCUGUGGCUCCGUGCCCACCCGCCCCGCGCCCCGGCAGGUAGACCCGGCGCCCCGUCUCUCUUCUGUCUUCUCUCUUCAGUCUCUCUCCAGACAAAUACAGAAUCCAGCCUCCAUCUCCGAGGGCUACCAGCGGGGCUCGAAAGGGCUGAUCCUAGCUGGGAACGUCGCAUUCCCGGUCCUAAAAGGAUUUUUCAUAUGCAGGCCAACAGACCUUUUUAUGUGGAGCCCACAAACAUCAUCAGUGUGACUAAUGACACUCCGAGGAUCAGUGACCAUGCCUCUGCCAUGAACAAGCGAAUUCAUUACUACAGCAGACUCACAUCUCCAUCUGACAGGGCACUGAUUGCACCUGACCAUGUGCUUCCAGCCCCUGAAGAUCUCUAUGUAUACAGUCCACUGGGUUCUGCCUUUAAAGUGGAAUGCUAUGCUGAUGGUUCUGGUAAAAACACCAGUUUGGUUACAAUUUUCAUGAUUUGGAAUACUAUGAUGGGAACAUCUAUACUAAGUAUUCCAUGGGCAGUCAAACAGGCUGGAUUUACCACUGGAAUCUGUAUCAUCAUUCUGAUGGGUCUUUUAACACUUUAUUGCUGCUACAGAGUAGUAAAAUCACGGACAAUGAUAUCUUCAUUAGAUACCACUAACUGGGAAUUUCCAGAUGUUUGCAAACAUUAUUUUGGCUCCUUUGGUCAGUGGUCUGGUCUACUAUUCUCCCUAGUAUCUCUCAUUGGAGCCAUGAUAGUUUAUUGGGUGCUUAUGUCCAAUUUUCUUUUCAACACUGGAAAAUUCAUUUUCAAUUUUGUUCAUCAUAUUAACAUCACAGAUGACAUCCUUAGUACUAACGGUACCAACCCAGUGAUUUGCCCACAGGCUGGAGAUGGUAGCCAACUGGACAACCACACCAUCGAAGUUUUCUCUGCCAACAGCACUGACUUCCAGCAGUUUGAAAAGUGGUGGAAUAAAUCCAGGACGGUGCCUUUCUACCUUGUAGGAUUACUCCUACCACUGCUCAACUUCAAGUCUCCAUCUUUUUUUGCAAAAUUCAACAUACUUGGCACUGUAUCAGUUCUCUAUUUGGUUUUCUUUGUCACCUUGAAGACUAUUCAGUUGGGUUUCCAUUUGGAAUUUCAUUGGUUUACAUCAACAGAGUUUUUUGUCCCAGAGAUCAGAGUUCAUUUUCCACAGCUGACUGGAGUACUCACUCUUGCUUUCUUCAUUCAUAACUGUGUUAUUACUCUAAAGAACAACAAGAACCAGGAGAACAAUGUAAGGGAUCUGUCCAUUGCUUAUUUCCUGGUGAUGUUAACAUACCUCUACAUCGGUCUCCUGGUUUUUGCUUCAUUUCCCUCUCCACCAUUAUCCAAAGAAUGCAUUGAGCAGAAUUUUUUAGACAACUUCCCAAGCAAUGACAUCUUGUCAUUCAUUGGAAGGAUAUUUCUGCUGUUCCAAAUGAUGACCGUGUACCCACUCCUGGGCUACUUGGCUCGAGUCCAACUGUUGGGAUAUAUCUUCGGUAAUGCUUACCCUAGUAUUUUCCACGUGCUGGUUCUUAAUCUCAUUAUCGUGGGAGCUGGAGUGAGCAUGGCCUGUUUCUACCCAAACAUAGGAGGAAUCAUAAGAUACUCAGGAGCAGCAUGUGGCCUGGCCUUUGUGUUCAUAUAUCCGUCUCUCAUCCACAUAAUAUCCCUGUAUAAUGAGGAGCGCCUGACGUGGCCCACACUGUUAGUCCAUGCCUUCAUCAUCAUGGUGGGCCUUGCAAACCUGGUAGCUCAGUUCUUUAUGUGAAAGCCUCAGUUGUUUGCUCCUAUUUCACGAUAUUUUGAGCUUAUGUAACAGCUCGGUGUAAACUGAGUUGUAAAUAUUAAUUGUAGUUGAUAGAAUUUUGAAUGUCUUCUAGGAUAUUUGAAAAUAAGGGAAGAAGGGACCCAUUGACAGGCAUUUGUGUGUGUCUGUCAAGAGGGCAGAGGCAGAAAGAAAACAAGGUUUGUCUUCUUACCUCCUCAACAUAUUUUACUCACUCAAUUCUAGUUAUCUCUUCCAAAAUUGUCAAAAACCAGGUAAAAGAAAGUAUUUGCUUUCCCAAGCGAAAUAGUUUUAUUAAGCUUUAUACUAUUUGAUACUCUGUGAAACCUUGCUGUUCUGCAGACUUAGGCAUCCUUAAGUCCCUAGAUUCUUGUACAUGAACCUGUCACAGAACAGCACCUUUUUAAAUGAUCAGAGUUGCUACUCAGUGCUUGAGUGUCCUUGAAUCUUAGUUUGAGGUUGGUUAUUAAGCAUAGGAGUGAUAAUUUGGCUAUGGGGACCCUGAAAAGUUCCUAUUAAGAGAAUUAUCCGUAAUUGUCCCCAACUUCUAGUUGUUAAUUCUUGUCCAUCAAAUCUUUUGGGGUGAGAUUUAGUCUCUUUUAGAAAUGUCUUUGAGCGCAGUGGAUAGAACACUGGCCCUGGAUUCAGGAGGAUCUUAGUUCAAAUUCAGCCUCAGACACAUAACACUUACC